AUGGAAUAUGUGUUAGAAGCUCUGACCAGAGCUCCAUCACAAGUGCUGGUUAAAAGCGCCACCCAAUUCGGUGAAGAGGCAGCAAAAGUUCUCGGAGCUUGUAUUGAAGAAUCUCUAAAGAAUUGUACGGAUGAUAUUACAACAAGCAUCAGAGAGAAUAUAAAUUCAAGUGGAAGGAAGAUGUCAAAGGAAAUGGACAAAUAUUCACAAGUUUUAAAAGAAACCGUAGUAGAAGGGUUUGCUGAAUGGGGUAUUGGUAUCGAAAGAGCGUUCUAUCAUCUAGGUCAUAAAUUAGAAAACGGUUUAAACAACACAGCAAAUAAGUUGGCUGUUCAACUUGAUCAGAGUAUUGAUCAAAAUAUGAACAGAAUCGAUUCUACAAUUAGAGAUAGCGUUACAGUUAUCACAAAAGAUUUCAUGAAAGAACAGAUACCGUAUUGGCGAUCGAGUUUUAUGAGAGAAUUGAACGUUAUUCUCAUUUGUUUGUGUGUCAUAACAGCUGGAAUCUUUUCAUUAUGUAUGAGUUGGGCUCUUGGAGGUUAUCAAGUAUUUAUUCACAUUCUCACGCAGGAAUUCAGAACUUUAUGCUUUUUAUUUUUUUCGAUAUUAAUGGGAUUCUCUCUUUUCAUUUGGAACAAAGCUCUGGGAGAGAUUAAAACCGCGACAACAUCACAGGACGCGGUAUUGUCUGUUGCCACUAAUGUCAUGAACGACUCUUUGAAAUCAGAAACCAAGAACAUCACUUGGAUGAAGAAAAUUAUUUCAGAGCAACAAAAAUAUUAUCAAAGCAAUCCUCAAUUUCUUCUAAUAAUUGUUGCUUGCCUUGGAUUCUUUAUGGGAGAUUUGGCCAGAGACGUAUUUAUUUCUGCAUUUUCACCUUCAGCUGGAACGUCGACAGGAAUUAUUGCUCAAAUUUUUGAAUUUUUUUCAUCAUGGCUCUAUUUGCUUUUAAUUCUAUGUGUGAUGAUUUUUAUUACUAUUGUAGUUAACAAGAUCAUUGCUUUUGAGCUUGUUUUCAAACUUUAUGGUAUUUGGAGGGAGUAUUUGAAAUUUAGGGAAUUCCAAAAACUAGGUAAAUGUGACGAACUCCAAACAGCACCAACAACCAAUUUGGACACCUCUGUACCCAACAAGAAAAAAGAAGAAACGAUUCCUGCAAAGAUAACAGUCGACGCACAAACACAAUCCCAUUCUAACAUGGAGGAUAGCGUUAAGUGUGGCUCAUCACACGUCUCUAAUUCAACUAGACCGGUGACUAAAAUCAAAGACUCAAAGAAAAGCCGCUCUACAGGACAUAUGCUUUCUGGAAAUACCUCUGAUUCAAAAUCAGAAGAAAAUGUACGAAGAGCAAGCAGCGGUGAUUUACUAGGCGACACUUUUGUUGACACUGAGUCUGACGACGACGAGCUACCAACACCAAUAACAUCUACGAAAGAGGCAAACGAAACAUUAGUAUCAAGCACAUCUUUUAUUCUAUUUUGCAAAGAAAAUAGGCCUAGUAUUGCUGAAACAAAUCCAGACCUCACGUUCUUUGAAGUAAGAAAAAAGUUAGAAGACAUUUGGAAAAACAUGAGCCCUGAAGAAAGACGGCCUUAUGAGAAUCGUGCAAAAGAAAUGACAGAUCAAUAA